AUGAUCGACCGGAUUACAAGUCCGUGUAAGGGAUUUGCAGUUGUAAUGGAAGAAAGUGGUGGUUGUAGUUUGAGGCGCGUGGCUUUAGAUCCGAAAAUGUACCGGAGAACAUAUGUGCUCACAAUUACUAUAAAACAGGCUAGAGUUGAAACAACGAUGCACGACAUGCCCCCAGAACGCAACUUCGAAGCUGAUGUGCUUGUGUACCAUGAUUGCGGGGCCUGGCAAUGUGAAAGUUAUGUUAUAUGUGCUCUAUAUAUCAGUUUCGUCGACAUCAGCUGCUACAUAUCAGAGUAUGGGGGGUCGAAUACCCAGCGUCUUGGGGCCAAGGAGGCUUAG